AUGCCCAGGAAAAGAAAGCUGUUGGCUCAGUUAAGUGCUCUUCAAAACAACUCCAGCAUCCCUCAGAUUGAUGCCUUGGGCAACCCAAACGCUACACCUGGUGGAGAUUCUUCUCCAAAAAGCAGCAAAUAUUUUGUGACAGAGAACAAAACUUCUUCUCAGCUACAAGCAGAAUUUUUCAACCAGCCAUGUGUUAGUCUGGCCAAGUCCUUUCUGGGACAGAUUUUAGUCCGCAAACUUCCUGAUGGCAGAGAACUCUGGGGCAGGAUUGUUGAAACAGAAGCUUAUCUGGGUGGGGAAGAUGAAGCUUCCCACUCGAGAGGUGGGAAGCAAACUCAGCGGAACGCAGCAAUGUUCAUGAAACCAGGAACUCUGUACGUGUACCAGAUCUAUGGCAUUUAUUUCUGCAUCAAUGUCUCCAGCCAAGGGGAAGGGGCUGCAGUGCUCCUGCGCUCCUUGGAGCCUCUUCAGGGCUUGGAUGCGAUGAGGGAGCUGCGCAGAACCUCCAGGAAAGCACCCACCAAGCUGCUGAAGGACUGGCAGCUCUGCAAUGGGCCCUCCAAGCUCUGCCAGGCGUUUGGCAUCGAUAAGGCUUUUGACCAAAGGGACCUGACUCAGGAUGCUGCCAUCUGGAUGGUCCCUGGCCAGGACCCACCGGGGGAGCAGGAUGUGGUGGUCACCACAAGGAUUGGUAUUGGCAACACGGGAGAGUGGGCACAGAAACCACUCAGGUUUUACUUACGAGGGAACAGAUUUGUGAGUGUUAUAGACAAGAAAAGAGAGAGAGAGAUGGCAGCAACGGGACAAUUCUUUUGUAGCUGA